GGGCCUGAGAAUCUGCAUUUCCGACGGGCUUCCGGGGAAACGCUGUGUAGCUCUGGCCCGAAUGAGCCUCUGCCCUGUCUACGUCGAGGGGGCCGGGGGCUGUCCCCUCUCCAGGCUCCUCCAACAGCGGGAGUCCUCGAGAUGACAGUUGAGUUUGGGGUCUCUACUGCCUGACUGGCUUGGGGAUCUCAUGGAUCAUCCUGCACUUUGCAAGUGUGGUGCUGCCCUACCUGGACGGACCUAACACUUCGGCUCCCCUGCAGACCUUAGGGGACUUAUUUCAGACUUUCUCCCUGCGGGCUGUGGAAAUUGCAGUGAUACCAGAGCCUAGAAAGGCCUUCCUCGUGUUUCUCAGACUGUCUUAUGCGUAAAUACACCUGCAUGAAGUUUUAAACGUGUGUCUAGUGUGAACAAGCAGAAAUGGAUUCUACUAAGUCUCUCUUCUCAGUUAAUAAGUGACAUUUUUACAUGUAAAGACUUUCUAAAGGGACCGAUGUUAUCUACAAUGCCCACAGUUUCUUGCGUUUUUAACCACUUUGGGGCAAAAAUUUUUCCCAUGGAAAUGUUGGGGCAGCUUUCUUAGGAAAGUCUCUGGGGAGGUGUGAGUCACUUAAAGGGGUUCUGUGCCGAAUUUUGGGACCCGCCACCUGGGACUCUGGAGGCUGCGGGGUGGGGAGCUGGAGGGCUUGUGCUGGGGCUCGUCCUGGAGGCCGUCCUGGAGGAGGUGUCUCGGGAGGGAAGCAGGGCUGGCGCAGGGCCUCUGCGCGUGGCCUGGGAAGGACGCCAGUCGCCAGCCUGCCGGGGCUCCCCAGGCUGCCUCAUGUGAGCAGCUUCCAUUCUGUGUAACGCUGGCAUGAACGCAGGUCCGGCCGGUGGGGCAGGGUUCCGGGCCAGCUCUCCUCGGGUCGGGGGGCCGUGGGGCAGGGUUACAGGCCAGCUCCCCUCGGGUCGGGGGGCAGGAGGGCUCCCCAUUCUGUGGCUGCUGCCCUUCGUGUGUGAUGCUGCCUGACCCUUAGCCACCUGAUGGUUUUAGGGAGACCUGGAGGCGGGGAAGCUCCCUCCUCUGACAGCCCCCUGCCUUAUCUGGAGAACUUUAAACAGAAUAGUAUCUUGUGAUUUGAACCCUCUGAUCGGUUUAGGAUGUCUGCUUUGAAGGCCUUCGGUUGAGCCACCGCAGGGUCUAUAUCUGUUCCUUGGGGGCCGGAGUUGUGAGGGUUCGUGGGAGGUGAGCAGGGCUCCUCUUUCCUGGGCGCGUUUGCUGCCGUGAUCACACAAGGCAGGCAGCCUGCGUGGUAGGGAUGGGGGCCCCUGGGGCCUCAGCCACCCUUUCUGCCCAGGCGGGAGGAACUUUGCCCGGAUCCUGGGUCGAUGGGAGAUUAAAGCACCUGCCUGUGCUCUGGUUCUGGUUGUUUUGCUGCGUGACCGACCCCUUCAGGACUUGCUGGCACAGAGCAGCGGCUGUUUCACCACCCUCAUGGGUCUGUGGGGUGGGAAUUUGAAAAGCAGAGUCUGUUCUCUGGUGGCAUCUAGCCUGACGGUUGGGACUCACAGCGGGGCUGGAGGGUCCCCUUCCCGGAGACUCGGCUGGCAAUUCUGCCCGUGAGGACAGCUUGGCCGGCGUGGUUGUUGGAGCCCCCGUGGGUGACCUGUCUGCCCUCAGGUGGUCGCGGUCCUGCCGGCUGGCCCUGGGCUGCAGGAUCCGGUGUUUCAGCAACUGAGGCCCACGUGCACGCUGGUUCUGACCGGCUGCCCAGACUGCGGGGAGGGCCAGGACCCCUCCUCUGAUGGGAUGUGUCACCUGUGGCACGAGGGAGGGUCUCGCUCUCUGAACAUCUCGCUGACGCUGCGGAGCGCAGCAGACGGGCUGGGCCUGGCCUCUGCUGAGCCCUGUCUCGGGACCCGAGAGGAGCAGGGGCGGCCGGGGAAAGGCGCCCGCACUGCAGCGUCCUGGAACUUUCUCCACAGACGGUGCGUGGUUCGGAUGAGCCCAGGAGCCUGGGCGGUACGGGUUUCCAUUGUGAAUCCGCCUCUGGAUGAAGCGUUUCUUACCUGCGCAGGUGGAGCAUCUUUCUCGCUAUUUGGGGCAACUUGGUUAAUAUGAGGUCCAUCCAGGAAAAUGGUGAACUCAAGAUUGAAAGCAGGAUUGAAGAGAUUCUUGAACCACUAAGAGAGAAAAUCAGAGAUUUGGAAAAAAGCUUCACCCAGAAAUACCCGCCUGUAAAAUUUUUAUCAGAAAAGGACCGUAAAAGAAUUUUGGUCACCGGAGGCGCGGGCUUCGUGGGUUCCCACCUCACAGACAAGCUCAUGAUGGACGGGCACGAGGUGACCGUGGUGGACAACUUCUUCACGGGCAGGAAGAGGAACGUGGAGCACUGGAUCGGCCACGAGAACUUCGAGCUCAUCAACCACGACGUGGUGGAGCCUCUGUACAUCGAAGUGGACCAGAUCUACCACCUGGCGUCUCCAGCCUCGCCGCCCAGCUACAUGUACAACCCCAUCAAGACACUGAAGACCAACACCAUCGGGACGCUCAACAUGCUGGGGCUGGCAAAGCGAGUCGGAGCCCGUCUGCUCCUGGCCUCCACCUCGGAGGUGUACGGAGACCCUGAAGUCCACCCUCAAACCGAGGAUUACUGGGGCCACGUGAAUCCCAUAGGACCCCGAGCCUGCUACGAUGAAGGCAAGCGCGUCGCCGAGACCAUGUGCUAUGCCUACAUGAAGCAGGAAGGCGUGGAGGUGCGCGUGGCCAGGAUCUUCAACACUUUCGGACCCCGAAUGCACAUGAAUGACGGCCGGGUGGUCAGCAACUUCAUCCUGCAGGCGCUGCAGGGGGAGCCGCUCACGGUGUACGGAUCCGGGUCGCAGACAAGGGCCUUCCAGUACGUCAGCGACCUGGUGAACGGCCUCGUGGCACUUAUGAACAGCAAUGUCAGCAGCCCCGUCAACCUGGGGAACCCGGAAGAACAUACGAUCCUGGAAUUCGCUCAGCUAAUUAAAAACCUCGUUGGCAGCGGGAGUGAAAUUCAGUUUCUCUCUGAAGCCCAGGAUGACCCCCAGAAAAGGAAACCAGACAUCAAGAAAGCAAAGCUGAUGCUGGGGUGGGAGCCCGUGGUCCCGCUGGAGGAAGGGUUAAACAAAGCAAUUCACUACUUCCGAAAAGAACUCGAGUACCAGGCUAAUAAUCAGUACAUCCCCAAACCAAAGCCCGCAAGAGUAAAAAGAGGGCGGACGCGCCGUAGCUGAAAACCCCGCCUUUCGGGACGGGAGAGGCCCUGUUUCACACUUGAUGAGAUGUAUUUUUCUUUUUUUAAAGAAAGACUUAAACAGGUAUCAUGAAGAACAAACUGGAAUUCAUUCUGAAGCUUGCUUUAAGAAAUGGAUGUGCCUAAAAACUUCCCUAAAAAACUGCAGAUUUUGCCUUGCACUUUUUAAAUCUGUCUUUUUAUGUAAAAUAGCAUUGAUGCAUCUCUGCGUAUUUUCAAAUUUUUUACCUUGCCGUGAGAGCCUAUGUCGUGACUGUCAUCGACAGUUUUAUUUACUGGUUUCUUUGUGAAGCUGAAAAGGAACAUUAAAUGGGGUGAUUAAAUGCCGA